AUGCCAAUGCAAUACAAGCCAGUCGUUGAAGGUAAGGCCGUCAGACCACCUUCAAUUCCAUCCCCAGGUAACAACUCCUACUUGGGAGAUGUAUUCACUUCCGAUGCCCCAAAGGAACAACAAAUGUCCUCCGGUUUCUACAGACAAGACAAGGGUGAACCAUUGGUCUACUACUACGAUUAUGAUGAAAUGAAAAUUAUUGUCGAAGUUUCUGGUGAAUUCUUCAUCUCUGAUGAAACUGGAAAGAAGGUUUCUGCUUCUCCAGGUGACGUAUUUUACUUUGCUAAGGGUACUACCAUCACUUUCGAAGCCACCGACACUUCUUUGGCUUACUUCGUUGGUUUGAGACCUGCUAUGUAA